UGUCUCUUUUAUUCUCAAUUUCACGCCCAAAAUGACAAUCUCACAGCAAUCGUUCCUAUAUCUACCGGUGGUGCCGCUGCAACUGGAGUCGCUCAUUCCCAGACCGUCAGAGGCAGCUCCUCAUCGCCAUGACAUCCCGCUUGCUCUCCACACGCACAAGACGGUCGCUGGUAGCCCUCGCGCUGCUCUCAGGCGGUGCCUACGCUGUCGACGAAGCUAACGCGUAAAAUAUGCUCCACAGUCUCAAAGGGUUGCAAUUCCGCCCACUAACUCUUUCUGUCGACCAGCAAAAUCUUAUCGCGAUCGAUGCGUGUGUUCGUCGCGGGUGGCCAAGUAGUUUGGGACUACCGUCUCCACUUUAAAGGCACCGAAAGAGACGACACGGACUACCGUCUCAAGCUGCAGAGUCUCAACCUGCGUAUCGCCCAGAGACUCCUCCACUUGUGCUUCCAGAACGGUGGAAUCUACACAAAGUUCGGGCAGCAAUUAGCCACUUUCAACCACGGACUACCCAAGGAGUACACAGAGACGCUGGCCCAACUGCAAGAUCAGGCCAAGCCAGUGUCAUUCGAUAAGGUCAAACAAACACUCGAGGCGGAAAUGGGGCGAUCCUGGCACGAGAUUUUCCAAGAGUUUGACCAGACACCAAUCGCUUCUGCAUCACUGGCUCAAGUGCAUCGCGCAGUGGACCGCCAAGGACGAGAAUUGGCUGUUAAAGUUCAGUAUCCACAUCUCGAAUCGCAGAUGAAAGCAGACAUCCGCGUCAUCAAGUGGGCUUUCCAGCUCACAGAGUAUUACUUCCCAGAUGUCCAGAUCCAAUGGCUUUUUCCAGAGUGUAAGCGUGCUCUACUGUCGGAGCUGGACUUCGAAAACGAAAAGAACAACAGUCGACGUAUUGCAGCGUGUUUAAAACAAAACAAAAGUGUUCACGUGCCUAUAGUUUACGAUGAGCUGAGCACCAAGCGGAUGAUGUCGAUGGAGUUCAUUAACGCACCGAAGAUCUCGCAGAUUGAAGCAAUCAAAGAACUUGGACUCGAGCCUCCUGAAGUCGCACGAGCUCUGUGUGAAGUAUUCAGCGAAAUGGUCUUUUGUCACGGGUUUGUGCAUUGCGAUCCACACGCUGGGAACAUUUUUGUGCGUCGGAAUCCGAACCCUCAAGCCAAGCGAAAAGAACAACUCGUUCUCCUAGACCACGGACUUUACCGCGAGCUGGACGAAGAAUUCCGCAAAACGUACUGCGAUUUAUGGCGUGCGAUGCUGAUGCGGGACAGCGCUCUGCUGGACGAUUGCGGUAGGAGACUGAAUGUUGGAGAACUGACCAAGUAUUUGCCCUUGCUGUUCACGUACCGGACGAUUAACCACAAGGGGCGGCUGGACGCAUCCAUGAGCGAGUCCGAACGCCUGAAACUCUCCGAGGAUCUCAAGAAUAUGCGCUUCUCUAAUGUCACUGACUUCCUGGAGCAACUUCCGAGGGAUAUGCUCUUUGUCUUUCGGACGAACAACAUGAUCCGGGCGCUGAAUAAGGAUCUAGGAGGGACCACCAGGGAGAGGUUUUCCAUCAUGGGAAAUUUCGCUGUUAGCGGGCACUCCGCAUUCCGCUCAGCUCAGGGGAGCCAUGUGGGGGUAUUAGCAUCGCUGAACUACUGGUGGGAGCAUCUCAAUCUCGUUUUCCACCUGCGCGUGGUUGACUACUUGAUGGCCACUAUCCAGUAUAUCAGAGGAGAAUCUCCUGCCAAGAUCAAGCGCGUUGGUUAAUCGAAGCCGCAACACUAGCAGCUUCAGAAUUGUUGAUCAACUUUUUAGACUUGGAAUAGGAUAAAAUCACCGGAUCAGCUUAUUCAAUGCCGUCGAAAAACGGGGUGAUCUGUUUCUGGACUGUGAAGAUCGAGGUGUACUGGGCGCAAUUGGGGUGAAGUCGGCAUGGCGAGGUUCACUUAAACCUUGGGGGAAAGACUGAGAGAUUUCACGUGGAGAAUGUGACAAAGAAGGUAGAGCAGGGGUUGCCACUGCAACUUUACGUCGAGGUGUCUUAGCGAAAGCCACACUGGUUGAGACUCUACGUGGUUCGUCAUGCAAUGCAAAGAGACUGCCAGUGCCGAUAGAAGAGCCCAUCUGGGCAGUUUGACCAGGUGGUUUCCGUUGUCGUAGGAUGUAUGGCUGCUUGGAAUUCUCAAAGAAUGACAUGAUCCUCUCUCGUAGCCGGGGAAAGUUGAAUGGGAUGGUAGCAAAGUAGAGAGCUCCGUGUGCGAGGCAUUCCAACGCAACCUGCUGUGUUCUCUCGGGCUCGUCAGUAUUACCACCGAACAGUAUCACUCGAUUGCCUACAUGCUGUUGAAUAGUUUGGAGUUUACUUAAGGCCGUGUCGAGAUCGGUACCAAUAUCAAAGCAUACCUUCAAACACCUCAAAGAAAUAUCAGAAGACUAGAUAAAUAUUUGGUGAGUAUAAGUUUAAUGACCCUACCAAAUCAGUGUCGAGGCUUUCGUGCGACCGCAGUAAUUGGAAGAAAUCACGCUCGUCCUUCGUGAUGAGUACUGUUCCAAGACCCAAGAGUUGAA